AUGCCUGAUACCCGCAAGCAUCGGCGGCGGCGUCACAAGGGGAAAUGUGGGAGGCAUGAAGAUGUCAAUGAAGUGCCGAAACAAACGAUUUAUAUGAAUCCCCCGGGCGCAUAUACUGUUCAGGCCUUUCAAGGUGGAAAUCCAACACCUCCACCUUUCCAUAAUCCCCAUACGGGUGUCACCUCACUGGUUCACCUACCCCCACGACCGAACCAGGGUCCAGUACCUGUCCCUUAUAAUCCUGGUACGGUAGGGAGUCCACCCCCAGCCUGGUAUCCAACGGGGUAUCAAGCCCCGAAGCCUACCUCCGAUCUUGCGAAAUGGACAUCUUGUGCAAAUCUCAGCCAGUCGGUCUCAAACAUCGUCGCACACACUGCAGAAAAAACAAAUGCCACCAUCUUGGAUCUGGAGAAUCUUGUCCUCCAAAGUGUGGGUGGAGGCGCAAAUGUUCGGGAGAGCACAUCGCGACUCUUGGAUCAAGUUGUUACAUUGAUCGAUAUCGGGUCUUUCCGCGGGAAGGAGAAUGAGCUUAUGGCUGCAUGUGCGCUCCCAUCCGGGUCCGGAGCGCGGAAAAGAGAUCGUUGGACUCAUGCGCCUGAGAAACAGAAACCUUCGUCGCCGGUCGACUAUUUCUCGAAGGUCUAUCUCUAUGCAAAUUCUCGAAUGCCACCACAUCUUCCUCACAUCAAAUUCUAUCCCGCAACCUAUCCAUUGCUAAAGCUCGCGGCCCAUUAUUCACAACAAGUAUACGAAAAGCCAAAUGGCCCCGAGCGACAAUCCUACGUGAAUUCGGACUGGCGCCAAGGUACAAAGGCAAUGGUCAUCAAAUCGCUUCCUGUCGAUAAAAUGAACACUAUGGUAUUCGCCAUUCGGGGGACGCAAAGCUUUAGUGACUGGGCUGUAAAUGUCCAUGCGGCACCAGCUUCACCUGCUGGCUUUCUUGAUGACCCAAGGAAUAAAUGCCAUGCUGGGUUCCUGUCCGUUGCCAGGAAGAUGGUUCCAGCUGUCGCCGCACGACUGCGUACUUUGAUCGAGGAAGAUCCUAGUCGAAUGUCAUAUACGCUUCUUCUCACAGGUCAUUCUGCAGGCGGGGCUGUCGCUAGUCUCCUUUACCUUCAUUUACUUUCCGAAUCAUCGGAUGUCAAAUCUGAACUCACACAUCUACGCGGUUGCUUCAAGCAUAUUCAUUGCAUCACUUUUGGUGCGCCCCCCCAUUUCGCUUUGGCCAUUGCAAAGGCCGCCAAGUGCCAAUCCAUCCAAAUCAAUGUUCUUCUCGGCGACCCAGUCACACGCGCAGAUAAGGGAUAUUUCUUUUCUCUGCUGGACUUGUAUGCUUCGCCAGCUCCUGGGUCUGUCUGGUCACUCUUCGACCCAAGGGGCAAACGGAAUCCGUCGAAAUACUGGCAAGUUCCCCAGUCAACGCUCUCAAAUGCGGGUCGAAUUAUUCUCCUUCGUUCUCAUGGCCAGGGAUAUGGUCGUCCAUUGAGGAAUCCAUCAGCUGGUCCUGAUGCCCCUCCGCCACUCCCACCCCGCGAGAAGGUAGAGGCGUGUGGCACGACGGAUUUAGAUUUGCGCGGUGUAGUGUUUGGUGACCCGCUUAUGCAUUUUAUGGAUCUAUAUGCUCGCCGGAUUGAGACACUCGUAAGUGGUGCGACAAGGCGAAAGUUUCAUUGA